UCGAGGGCGGCGCGCCGCCACCAGCCGCGCCUGGCGGCGUGCGACGUCGACGUGGACCGGCAGCAAGACCACGCCCGCGCGUCGGACCAUGCCACCUGCCUGCUCGGCGCCCGUCAUUUUGGCCAUCGACCGCGUCCUCCGUCUCGAGGGCGCCUGGCGGCUCGGCCUGACGCCCGACGACGGCUGGAGCGAGAAUGUUGCCGUGCUGACCUCCGAGGCGCUCUACUUUCUCGACGCGAGCGAGCCCGAACAGCUGUCGCCCGUUGGUCGCUCGUCGGGCCGGCUACUCCUCUCCGACAUCGCGGACCUCGUCGUCUCGUCAAUCGACGGCGGAGAGGGCUCCGAGAUGCUGCGCAUCAGCGUGCGCGCAAUCUUUCAGGGCGACGCGCUCCUCCGGGCUCCGCCUGGCGCCUCCUCCAUGCCGCUCUGGGUCGAGGCGCUCGCCAGUGCGAUGCGCGGCCGCCUGUCGGAUGGCGCAGAGGCAGGCCCGGCCGACGGCCUCGCGGCCUGCCUCGGCGCGAAGGAGAGGCAGUUGCGCGUGUCGGCGGCCUGUGCGUGGUGGGAAGCCCGGAGGCCGCCGACGCCGCAGUCCCUCCCGUCGCCGCAGCACUCGGCCGGCACGCUCCUCCGGAAGCGUCUGCUUGCGGGCGGGGCGGGGGAAGAAGCGGCGGGCGGAGGCGGCGGAGGCGCCGGCGGCAGUAGCACCGGCGGCGGCGGCGGCGGCGGCGGCGGCGGCGGCGGCGGCGGAGAGGGCGGAGGAGGGCGGUGGCCGUGGGAGAGCGGCCUGCUUGGUGGCGUGCGCGGCUUUGGUGUGCUCGAGAAGCGGCGUGACGGCAUGCUGCGCGUGGGUUGGGUGGAGCGGCUGUUUGUGCUGUGGUCCGGCGGCGGCGCGCUCUCGCUGCUGUACUACAAGAGGCGAGGCGCAGAGCAGGGAGGGAGCGACGAGUUGCUCGCACGGCAGCACUCCAUGCGUACCUGUGAGGCGCUCGAGGCCGAGCCGCCCUCGGCCCGGGAAGACGGCGGGAAGGCGUCGCCACGCAGCUCCACCUCCUCCUCCGCCUCCUCCGCCUCGCACUACCUGCGCAUCGCCGCCGAGCCCUUCUACGUGCUCCCGAAGCGCUGCUCCGCGCUCGACGUGCGGCGAGGGACGGAGGAGGAGUUGGACGAGUGGGAGGCGAUGCUUCGGCACGCCAUCGCCGCGGCGGAGCACGGCGCGGGCAGGCCCGAUUUGCAGUUGCCUCCGCCUCCUCCCAUCUCCGCAGCUUCGCCCUCGGCCUCCGGCGCGCCACCUCCGCCACCCUCCUCCUCUCCCCCCCCGCCGCGCCUUUUCGCGCGCGCCGUCGCGUUGGUUCUCUUCAACGGAGGGUGCCUGCUCGCGCACUACGCGGCCGGCACCGCCCUGCUGGCGGCGGCUAUCCUGUGCAACCUCGCCAUUCUUGCGCUCGCCGGCGCGGUUUGCGGCGCGGGCGCGGUGCUGGCCCGCUCCGGCGACGCGGCCGCCUUUUCGACCGCGGAUUGCGUCGUCGCGGCCUUCUGCUUCCGCUGCACCGAAGCAGCGCAGGCCGCAUCGCGGGAGGCGCAGCCGGGGGGUGCCGUGGAGAUGCUGGCGCGCUUCAGCGCGGAAGCCGCGGAGAAGCGGAUGGAGGCGGGAGCCUUCAAGAUCAUCGCGCAGGCGGCCAACUGGGGCGAGAUCGGGCUUCCGUCGGCGAUGCGAAAGUUCAACGGCAAGCCGGUGCUGAUCCGAAAGUCGGCCGAGCUCUACCUCGGCGCGAGCUACGUCGAGAUCGACGUGUUUGUCGACCGCUUCUCCUUCCUCGCCAAGAGAGGCCUGCACAGCGUCAAACCGCAGGUCAAGCACGCCGACAUCGAGCUAGCCUUCCUCCUGCAGGCCACGGCCGAUGCCGACUUGCCCGAGCGCGUGCUGGCGUGCGUGCGCAUCCCACACCUCGACUGGGAGGCGCUGCCGGCGUGGCCAGCCGCCAUGUGCGGGUAG